GUGUUUGCAUCGUGUGCGCUGUGUCAUUUCUCUUCUGUUCUCUGAGCUAUAACCUCGAACAGAAAUCAGAGGGUUCGUACGAGGUAGCUGAUCUAGGGAAGGGAGAGAGAGAGAAAGAAAGAGAAAUGUCACCCACAUGGAUGUUUAUUGAUCGCAACAUAAUUCGGAUGUAAUCAACUCGUAUUGAUCAGUAUUUAUUUUCUUUCUCCAAUAUAAUGAUACACGGAGAGAUGUUGGAUGCAGUGUGACUCUCACUGGAGCCCUUCAUUUUGGAUUUUAUCCUCAACUGAGAUCAGCGGAUGGAUUCCUAUAUCUGUUUCCUCUACUCUUGGAAUAAAUCAAGUGAAUGUUUCGUUCUAUCAUAAAGAGAACGAUAACAAAUACAGAUUAUGUUGUAUGAUUAAUAAAUAUUUACUUGGAUCAUUAUACUUCUUGUGAUUGAAUAUAUUGGUGGAUAUUAACAAGCAUCUCCGAUAGACCACAGCUAUUCUAAUAUAUAGUUAAUUGGAUUUAUAAAGCAUACCUUUCGGAAUCGGAUUUAGCAUAAAUUCAAUGCAAAUCAAAAGUCUUUGUUUAAGGAGGACGGAGCGUAGAAAGAUGGCUUUGUGGUUGUACGUAGUUAGUGUUUUUGUGAUUAUGGGGUUUGACAGCUGCCUGGGAGCCCGUACUGGAAUCAGUAUGUUUGCGGCCCAAGACUCCCGGCGAGACCCAUGCUACGGGGAGAACAACGUCCCUAGACGGUGUGAGCCAGACUUCGUCAACGCUGCUUUCCAGGCCCCCGUGGAGGCUUCGAGCACGUGUGGGGAUCCUCCAAGUCGCUUCUGUGCCUUGUCCAGUGGCGCAGAAGGUGAAAGGCAGAGGAACUGUUUCAUCUGCGAUGAGAGUCAUCCGAAGCGACGUCAUCCAGCUUCAUACCUGACCGAUCUACACAACCCCAACAACCUAACCUGCUGGCAAUCAGAGCCAUUCACCCAAAGCCAGCAUAAUGUUACCUUGAAACUAUCCCUGACAAAGCGAUUCGAGAUCACCUACAUCUCCAUGGAGUUCUGUUGGCUUCAUCCAGACUCCAUGGUCAUCUACAAGUCGCAGGAUUUCGGCAAGACAUGGCAACCCUAUCAGUACUACUCGAGCCAGUGCCGAAAGACCUACGGGAUGCCCAAGAAUGCUGUUAUCACCAAGCAGAACGAGCAGGAGCCAGCCUGCACGGAUAUUCAUAGUUCGGAUCUUAUCGCGGGUUCCCGAGUAGCCUUCAGCACCUUGGAAGGGCGCCCUUCCGCUUACGAUUUCGACAACAGCCCCGUCCUGCAGGACUGGGUUACGGCCACCGAUCUCAAGAUCGUCUUCAAUAAGCUCCCGGUCCUGAACGAGAACGAAGACGAGAACCCCCGUGAGAGUCUUUACUACGCUCUGUCGGACCUCUCUGUUGGUGGACGUUGCAAAUGCAACGGACAUGCGUCUAGUUGUGGUCCAGGACGGGACGGGGAGAUGGAGUGUGACUGCAAACAUAAUACAGCUGGCAGAGAAUGUGAACUUUGUAAGACGUUCCAUUACGACAGACCAUGGGCAAGAGCUACCUCAAAGGAAGCCAAUGAGUGCAUACGUAAGUCAACAAUUUUUUUCCAAUAAUCACUUAAAUUAAGUUCCUUGUUUGUUUUGUUACUUUCCAUUUCGUUUAAAAUGAUUUUACCGAAAAACCCCAGGACAUUUUUAAAGAUUUAUGAUACAAACGUUUAAAACGCGUUACAUAGUAUAUCCCUACAGCAAACUGCAUGUAUUAUGUCAACAUUAUAUCCAUAAACAUCAAAUUCGUAAAGAUUAAAGUGUAAAGGAAUGAAUGUGAGCCCUUUCUGCAUCUGCACCAUAUACUUUUCACUCUUUUCCCAAGUAAGCACGUAAUCAAUUAGGUGUUGUAAUGAUUGAUUUGAGAGAAGCAAUUGCCAUGUUGUCCAUCAACAGAUAACUACCUUUAUUCGGGCUGUCCUGGCAAACCUACCCUUUACCGUUCCUCUUCGAAUUUAUUCUGCCGCUGAUCAAGUGGCAGAAAUGCGAUCCAUGCGUUGAAAUUCAUGAGUAAUAAUUGUUGUGAACUUCGCCAGGGGAUCGGUGUAGGCUAGACACUACCCAUUCCGCCAGUGCCCAUAGAAGGUUCCCAUUAUAACUCCCUUU